AGAGGAGGCAGCCCGAGCAGUUAAAGUGGAACAGCAGCACUAUAAGAGUCUAGUGCCACAAUCUCCCCUCAGGCCUUCUGGAGGAGGCAAAGGAUUGUGGGAGUUGUAGUCUUUUUGUAAAAAAGAAGGACAGUUGGCGUGACGUUCUUAGAACGGCCGAAGAAGAAGCCUUCCUUGGGAAGCAGGGAAGCCGAGUGCCAACGGCGUCGGGGUCAGUAGCCAUGGCCGCGGAGAGCCCCAGCUACCCGAGGGCCUCCAUCGAGGACGACUUCAACUAUGGCACCAACGUGGCCUCGGCCAGCGUCCACAUCCGCCUGGCUUUCCUGCGCAAAGUGUACAGCAUACUUUCAGUUCAAAUUUUCUUGACCACAGUGACCUCUGCGGUGUUUCUGUACUCUAGUACGAUUCGAACAUUUGUGCAUGAAAGCCCUGCUUUACUUCUGGUGUCCUUACUUGGUUCUUUGGUUAUGAUUGUGGCACUUACACUGUACAGACACAAGCAUCCAGUUAAUUUAUAUCUUCUAUUUGGAUUUACCAUUUUAGAAGCCCUGACUGUGGCUAUUACAGUGACUUUCUAUGAAGUAUCUGUUGUCCUACAAGCCUUUAUUCUCACUACUGCUGUGUUUCUGGCUCUCACUGCAUAUACUUUGCAGUCCAAAAGGGAUUUCAGCAAAGUUGGAGCUGGGUUAUUUGCUUGUUUAUGGAUUCUUCUUCUGGCAGGUUUUCUAAAGCUUUUUUUCUAUAGUGAGAUAGUAGAGGUGGCAAUUGCUGCUGCAGGAGCUCUUCUGUUCUGUGGCUUUAUCAUCUAUGACACUCAUCUGCUAAUGCACAAACUCUCCCCGGAAGAAUACAUACUGGCAGCAAUCAACCUCUAUUUGGACAUCAUCAAUCUGUUUCUGCACCUGCUGCGUUUGCUAGAAGCAUUUAAUAAAAAGUAAUUGGGAGUCGUUCAGACUUGGGAAGCUGGGUACAAUAUCUGAAGAGUUAAUAAAGACCUAGAAAAUUUGCAGUGUAUUUUGAGAUUGAGUCUUUACAUUCCAUGGUGGUUUCAGUGUUUUGUGUAUAAAGGAUGUUCUAGAGAGUAGAUGCUUAUGAUUCUAUUCUGAGAUCAGCUAAUUACACAUUGCAGUCAUCCUGACUGUUUGGUAAAGGCUUCCUUCCAUCAGUUUGCAUAUUAUUAUUGAUUGAAAGACUUGCUCAUCAACUUCCAAUUGUGCCAAUAAGCACUAUUAAAAUUCUGUUUUAUUUUGGCAGUAAUUGCCACAGAUGUGUCCUUUGAGAUCAACAAUUGUCAGUGGUUGGCUGGCAUAAAACAGUUUAAUUUUGCCAUUCAAUGCUGAAGUUUUAAAUAACCUAAAGUUCUGUUUGCGGUGGUCAUUUUUGAAACCCUUGCAAUCUAAGCAGUUUGAAGGAAUAUUACAACAAUCCUGCUUCCUCUAAACGCUUUUAAUAUUCUGCUAGUUAAAGCAAAAUACUGUAUUUCCAAAUACUUCUGUAUUUUGGAAUAUUCAACUUUCAUACAACAUAUUCCAUUUUGGGGGAACAGAUAUCUUGAUUCUGUAAGUAGAUACUUGAUCUGUUUUGAAAUGAAUUUGCAUCUAUCUGAAGUACUGUACUAGGAUCUAUUUUUAAGUAGUUCCUGCAGUUUGGGUUCUUUAUUCAACUUCUGUGAAACUUAAAAAGCUCAUAUAUAUCUAUAUCUAUAUCAUAUCCAAAUAGUUUUUGAUUAUCCUUUUGGGAUGCUGAAACAGUUUUAACUCAACUUUAACUCCUUCUGAAAGUAGUUUUCUCUGAUAGUCUGAUAAUAAGGGAUAAAAUAUUUCUGUGUAGUAUACUAUUUAUUGACUAGUGUUUGUUUUGGUCUUGUAGUGUGGAGUGCUGGCAGGGCAGAGGUGUCAGUUACAUUCCAUCUGCUCUUCCAUUAGGAUAUCUGGAACUCACAAAAAUAAAUUUUAUGAAAUGAUAA